AUGGACCCCGUGGGGGCAGCAGACCCUUCAGCGCCCCCAGGCCUCUUGACUCACCUGAACCUUCUGGACAACUCGGAGGCGCGGCCGCAGAGCGGAGCAGACGGGCGGAGCCUCCCGGGCAGUUGGAGCAGGUCAUCCCCAGAGCGCACCACUGUCCUGAGGGAAGGCGUGCGCCGGUGCUUACAGCAGCAGUGCGAACAGACGGUGCGGAUCCUGCACGCCAAGGUGGCCCAGAAAUCGUACGGAAAUGAGAAGCGGUUCUUCUGCCCCCCGCCCUGUGUCUACCUCGCAGGUCCCGGCUGGAGGGUGAAGCCAGGGCACGGCCAAGCCCACUUGGCAGGGGAGACGGGGCCCACUGUCUGCGGUUACAUGGGACUGGACGGCGCGUCCGGCAGCGCCGCCGAGACGCAGAAGUUGAAUUUCGAGGAGCAGCCCGACUCCAGGGAAUUCGGUUGCGCCAAGACCCUGUACAUCUCAGACGCAGAUAAGAGGAAGCACUUCCGGCUGGUGCUGCGGCUGGUGCUCCGAGGAGGUCGGGAGCUGGGCACCUUCCACAGCCGCCUCAUCAAGGUCAUCUCGAAGCCCUCGCAGAAGAAGCAGUCACUGAAAAACACCGACCUGUGCAUAUCCUCGGGCUCCAAGGUCUCCCUCUUCAACCGCCUGCGUUCCCAGACGGUCUCCACGCGCUACCUCUCCGUGGAGGAUGGGGCCUUCGUGGCCAGUGCACGCCAGUGGGCUGCCUUCACGCUCCACCUGGCUGAUGACCACUCUUCCCAGGGGGACUUCCCGCCUCGAGAGGGCUACGUCCGCUAUGGCUCCCUGGUGCAGCUCGUCUGCACCGUCACGGGCAUCACUCUGCCUCCGAUGAUCAUCCGUAAAGUAGCCAAACAGUGUGCGCUCCUCGAUGUGGACGAGCCCAUCUCCCAACUGCACAAGUGUGCAUUCCAGUUUCCCGGUGGGCCUCCUGGAGGCGGUGGUACCUACUUAUGUCUUGCCACAGAGAAGGUGGUGCAGUUCCAGGCCUCCGCCUGCCCCAAGGAGGCGAAUAGGGCGCUGCUCAACGACAGCUCUUGCUGGACCAUUAUUGGCACGGAGUCGGUGGAAUUCUCCUUCAGCACCAGCCUGGCGUGUACCCGGGAGCCAGUCACUCCGGUGCCCCUCAUCAGCACCCUCGAGCUGAGUGGCGGGGGUGACGUGGCCACGCUGGAGCUCCACGGGGAGAACUUCCACUCUGGGCUCAAGGUGUGGUUUGGGGAUGUGGAGGCCGAAACCAUGUACAGGAGCCCGCGGUCCCUGGUGUGCGUGGUGCCCGAUGUAGCCGUGUUUGGCAGCGACUGGCGCUGGCUGCGCACACCAAUCACGGUGGCAGUGAGCCUGGUGCGCACCGACGGCCUCUUCUACCCCAGCGCCUUCUCCUUCACCUACACGCCCGAGUACAGCGCGCGGCCCGGGCCUCCCGGCGCCCCCCAGCCCGCCGCCGCCGCCGACGCCGACGCGCUCCUGGAGAACAUACACCGCGAGUUCACGCGCACCAACUUCCACCUCUUCGUCCAGACUUAG